UUCCGCUUUCUUGCCACCUGAGUAAGGCCUGGUGAUUUCUGGGUUUGCAAGCGCAGCAUAGUUGAAAUCGGAAAGGAAAAACAUGCUUGCAGGCUGGGGAUAUUGAAGCAUGAAUUGGCUGUGGGAAGCUUGAAGUUUAUGUACAAAUUCCCAAAUAAUUUUAAAAUGAAGAAAUGCAGAGGUCGUACUUACCGAAAGAGACACAGAAAACAAUCUAUAGCUUUUUCUUCAAAUGGUGUAAAUUUGAGUUAUAAAAAUGAAUAUAUACUUCUCAAGAAAUGGUUGAAAGAAAAAGGCUACAAGAACAAUAAUUUAACUCCAGCAGUGUUUUCAGAAACAGGAAGGGGAUUGAUGACCACAAAAACGCUUCAGGCCGAAGAAUUGAUUAUUUCUUUGCCUGAAAAGUGCUUGCUUACUUCCAAUACUGUGCUUAGCAGCUACCUCAGAGAAUACAUUUUAAAAUGGAGACCUCCAAUUUCUCCUUUGAUAGCAUUAUGUUCAUUUUUAAUAACAGAGAAGUGGUUUCAUAGGACAUCUGUAUGGAAACCGUACCUGGAUCUCUUACCUGAAACAUAUACCUGUCCUGUCUAUUUGGAGCAAGAAAUAGUGAACCUUUUCCCUGAGCCCUUGAGAAGAAAGGCUCUCGAGCAACAAUCAUCGAUCCAGGACCUUUUUGCUUCUUCAAAGCAGUUCUUCUCUUCGUUGCAGCCUUUAUUUCCUGAAGAUGUGGCGAUUAUUUUUAACUUCAGUGCCUUCCGGUGGGCUUGGUGCACUAUAAAUACAAGAACAGUGUUUAUGAAACAUUCACAGAAAGACUGUUUUUCUAGAGAGCCAGAUAUAUAUGCUCUAGCUCCAUUUCUGGAUCUGCUAAAUCACAAUCCAAAGGCCCAGGUGAAAGCUUCAUUUAAUGAAAAUACAAAAUGUUAUGAAAUAAAAACACAUCUGGGCUGUCAGAAAUACAAAGAAGUAUAUAUUUCUUAUGGCCCUCAUGACAACCAGCGACUACUACUAGAAUAUGGUUUUGUUGCUGCUGAUAAUCCACACAGCUGUGUGCAUGUUGGUACAGAUACAUUGCUUAAAUAUUUUUAUUCAGAAGACAAACAGAAACCUGCGAAACUUUUCAUUUUACGAGAGCACAAAUUGUUAGAUGAUCUGACGUUUGGCUGGGAUGGACCAUCUUGGACACUUCUUACAGCCCUUAAAUUGUUAUGUCUUGAAGCAGAUGAAUUUACUUUGUGGAAAAAAGUAGUGCUUGGAGAUGUUGCUUCAAGGAAGAAUGAAGAAAAGAGUGUGGAUCUUGCAACAAAAAUAUGUACAUCAUUGAUGGAAGAAACUCAGCAUGUGCUUCAGAAGGUUUCAGUCUCAAAAAAUCAUUAUAAACAUCUUGUUAAUCAAUUGACUUUGGUAGAAGCAUUACAUACAGAAAAUCUAAGAAUCUUGCAGCUUUCGUAUGCAAUGCUUCAGCAUUUACCUUCCACAACCAUUUAAUUUUGCCAAAACAAAAUUGUGCUAGUCUCUGCAACAAUAAAACAAUUUAAUAUUCAGUGUGAACAUUCUGUAAAAAUAUGAACAGAAAAAACAAAUCAGGAAUGCAUAGAUCUUUGAAGUCCCUUAAUUAAGACUGCAUUAAUUAGAAAAAAAAAUAUGUUAAGAGAAAACAUUUUAAAAGGGGCAAUAAUGAGGCCCUAAGGAUCUGUAGUCUAAAUGAUAAUUUAGAGCAAUGUUUCUUAGCCUUCCCACUUUUAAAAUAUAUGAAGGUCCUCAAAAAUGUUUUUGUUUGCGUGGAUUAUAUUUACCAAUGUUUACCAUAUUAAAAAUUAAAGUUGAUGCAUUUGCUGAUGCUAUCCAUUCUCACAAUUAUUUGAUGGGAUUUUUAAUAUUUUUUUAAAAAAAUAAGCUGGCACUUGAUUUUGUGGACCUCAGAGAGAGUCUUGUGGUACUCCCAGAAAUCCUAGGAAGUUUCUUCACCUCUGAAACACCAUCUUUUUAUCUCUGCUUGUUUACUUGUUAUUUAGUAAAGUCAUCUGAAUUUUAACUUCUUUUAGUCUGCUGAUGGAUUUAGAUUAGGGCUGUCCCUUUGACACAUAUAUUGACUCAAGAGUAGAUAAGCUGGACUUCUUGACAGAUAUGCACUAGAGAAAUAAUUGCAUGAAUUCUCUGAAGUCUGUUAGAAGCCUUCAUUUGGUUCUUGAAAAAUACUAGAGAUGUAACUGCAUUAAAAACAGUUUAUGUCUGCAAAUACUGGCCAAUCUCACAUAUCUGUUUUGCAUUUUUUGGCAUAGCUGAGGCUACAGUGGUACCCAUUACUUCCUUGAAUGCAGCAUUCUAAGAUUGCUUCAUCUCCAGUACUUGUAUUUUUGAGGGAUGCUUGUUUUCCUGUGCCUAGCCCACAUUUUAUAAAUUUUGAGUUUGUUAAUGGCAUCAUUAAGUUCAGAUGUACAGUUUGCAUUUUAGUCACUGGAGAAGAUAAUUCAAUUUAAUGCAGUAAGAAAUAGCAGCCUGAUUUUACCUCCUUUAUGAAGCCUAAAAAAUAGCUGUUUAAGUUUUUCUACAGAAAUUAAUGUUAGUCAUUUUAAUAUAUACAUCUGAAAGAGAUUAGAGAGCAAUGUUCUGUAUAUGGCAAAGCUAAAUAUUUUUUGUGUGAUUUAAUAUUGUUUACAACUAUUUUUAAAAAAGAGUACAAAGAAUAUUAUGUUUUGGAGUUAUGCUAAUGUUAAAUAAUGUACUAAAUCAAAUUGUAAAAAAUAUGUUGUAUAUAACAAUAUAGAAAAGUGAAUAUAUGUGUUGUACAUGUUAUGACAGUAGAAACUUUUGUGUGUGUCUUUGUGUUUUUAGCUCUUAUGGCUACCAUGCUCAUGAAAAGAGAAUAUGGGUGAUCUCAGAAGUUCCUUGAUAUCAUUUUACAGCUUCAUUAGAAUGGUUUUUAGUUUCCUUGUUUCAGCUAUAAAAUAGGAUAAUCAUUCAUCAUGGGUUAGUGCUUUUAGACCUGUCCAUUCAGGAAAAGAUAAGAUAGUAUCAACUUUCAAACUUAGUUAAUUAAAGCUUUUAAGUGCAUUAUGAAUGAAAUGUCAAAAGAUGACACUCACUAGGGGGAAAGAUCUGUAAGUGAUGUGAUCUGUGAUUUGAUGUUCUUGGAAGUAAAUUUUUCCUUAGAAAUAUGAAGCUAUAUAGAAGAAAUGGGCAAUUUCAUUUCAUAGACUAGAGUAUAUGAAAUAAUUCCCAUUAUGCAGCAUUGGUGAAGAUAGGUGAAGAUAAUAAAGGUGGAUAUAAGAAAAAGUUAACAUUAUGGCACAAUAAAACUUGUCUAGCUUGUUGAACAGCAAACAAACUAAGUUAAAAGUGGUCACAAGGAUUGUAAACAGGUUAGAGGCUACUUCCAUCUGAAGCACUGUCACUUUUGCAUAAAUAGCACCCAAACAUUUGUAAUAUUGCUGUGGUAUAUAGCCAAGGGAAUCACAAAUAGUUUGAAAAACACAAAAGCAGUUUAACUGUAGAUACUGAUUUAAAUGUUUUUAUACACUGAAAAGAAUCCCUGAGCUUAUUGGUGGCUGCAGAGUUGGGGACAAGAGAAAUGAAUGUGAGGUUCAGUGCAAACAAAAAACCCAAAGCUGUAUGUAUGAUGAUAAAUCAUUCCAGAUAAAAGUCUGAAUUGUUUGUGUGUGUGUAUGUGCACAUGUGCAUUUAUGUUUUUGAGUAAGCUUUGAUUCUGGUGACUACAUGAACAACAGAAGUUUUUUUGGUAAGAUUUUUAGAAGUGGUUUGGCAUUGCCUUCUUCAUAGGGCCCAGAGAGUGACCUAGCUGACUAAGGAAGGAUAGAAUUCAUGGUUUCUACUGAUUGUGGAAUUAUUAUUUUCCUAUUGACAGAAAUCUGCCCUUUACUGUCUACUGGUUGAACCUAAGCUAUGGGGUGAUGGUUUUUCAUCUGCUGAAUUUAUUGUAGUAGAUAUUGGAUAUUGGGGAUAUAACUGAGGGCUGAAAUAGAGGAGAAUCUAAGGAUUCUUCCAACUCUAGACAGCUGAGGUAUUGGCAUAUUUGGAGUUCCCUCUGGUAUGGCGUGGGAAACCAUAAAUAUGAAAUAUUUUUGAUUCUUAUAUUUUAUCUUUUUUUCGGCCCAUGUUGUACUGACAUGGUUUAAACAUAGUUUGCUAAAGUAGCCUAGUUCACACUACUAUCACAGCCUGUGGCUUUUAAAACAUAAUAACUGGCUUUACACAGGAGCGAAGAAAUCACAUUAUGAAUAUAACAUAUAAGGCACCCUUGCUUAUAUUGAGCAAGAUAGUCUUUCAGUCUUGACAUCUGUUCUGAUAUUUUGCAAUGACAUAUGCAGCUGUAUUAAUAACUUUAAUGAAUAUGAAAACAAAAUUAAUGAAAGACAGUUUUUAUAAAGAAGGAGGCAAAGGAAAUAAUGUGGGAUCAGGCUGCAAACUACAGGUGCUAGUAAUAUACCCACAUAUGUUAAACUCAAAUGGGCUUUCUAUUAUAAAUAAAAUCAUGGGAUUUGCUUCUCAGAUCAGGAAAAUUCAUUUUUUUAAAAAAAAUAAGUAUUUAACUUCACUUUGUUUAUGCUGUGAGUUAACCUUAGUGCAAACAUGUAAAUUAGUCAAAAAUAUGUGGGAAUUAUUUUCUCAGAAAUGUUGUUUUCAAAGUAUACACUAGAGGGUGCUUGUGUACUGCAAUUUUUAUACAAUAUUAAAAUUAAGGCCUAAAUAUGUAUUUGCUAUCUUUAAAAAUGACCUUUCCCCCAUCAUUUUCUGCAACUUAAGACAGAGUAGUUGAAUUUUGUAGUGUUCAAAAUCACUCUUAAAGAGGUUUUCAUUCCAAAUAAUAUUUAAUGUUACUUAGAAGUCAUGUGACUGUAGAUUGUAUGGAGGUACUCUGAGCUCAUACAGCUAGGGCUUUGUAAAUUAACGAAAAUGUCCCAAAUUCCAGUAUUAGCUACAUUCUCAGGAAAACGAAGCUGAUAUACAAGCUAAUUCAAAUUUUCAAAGCUCGUCUAUCAAACUGAUUAUCCAGUUUCUAUAAUUUGAAGAAUAUUGUGUUUCCCAAGUUCACAAUCUGAAAACCAAUAUUUCACUAAUCAUCUUGUGCAUCUAACUGGAUACCAGCUUUCCUAUAAAAACCCACCAUAUAGUUUAUAAGCUAUCUGCAAGUACCUGGAAUCUGCUUCUGGAAUCAUGCUAUGCAGCUGACUGACAAAGUGACCCGUUCUAGCUCCAGAGAUCUUCAAAAGGGUUUCUUCAGGUACUUCUGUUACUUGCCUGAUCUCAGACCUUACAGCAAAUAAGCCAGGGGUUUGCCAGAAGAUGGCUCUGCUGGAAACUGAAUAAGUAGGAAGUAGCAAAAACUGUUGAGUGAAGAGGACCUUUGCAUGAUAGAUACCACUAUUCUGAUACCCAGCAAAAUGAUUGUACAUAGGUUGAAACUGUCUUAAAGCAGCCCUUUCCAUCAGGGCCAAAUGUGAAUAUUCUUCUCUACAGAUAAUCUAAGAAUGAUUUUGCAGUGAGGCAGAAACAAAAUUGCCUAACUAUGAUCCUCAGUUUUUCUAUUUUUCUGGAAAUCAGCUGUGUCUCUCUUCCAAUCUAUUUUAGUCUAGAGAUAGGUUUGAAUACUCCUGUGUACUUUAGUAAUUACUUGCAUGUAUUAAUAAUGGGCAGUUUUGUACUUAUGAUUAAGAAUUUAAAGUGUAAGAGUUGUUUUGAAGUCAGUUCCUAUUGUUAAGCAUUCUAACUUAAUUUAGUUUCAGAGUGUGAAAAAGAGGAAUGUUUACUGGAAAUGUAGCUAUUACUGGUAGGUUUUUUAAAAUAAUGGCCUUAAAUCAUCUGGCCUUAUACUUACAUAAUCCAGGGGAAGAGAAUGUUUAAAAUUGUAAAAUCCUUAUUUCAGUCAAAUGCUUAGGAACACCAUCUUUUUAAAGGUAAACUGAUGUGGAGUAUGUUAAAGAAAAAAAAUAUAGAACAUGUUUAUCCUAUGAUAUAGUCCAUUAUAUCUUUAUUCUGAGUAUGUUUAUUGACUAGAAGCACAACUUCAUUCUUUAUAUGAUCUCAAAUGAAUCAUUUGUUUUCUGCAGGAAAAUGUGAUGUUUCAGAUUUCAUCAAAACAGCUUGGUUAUAAAAUAUUCAGUCCUCGAGAGCCUGAAGAAUGCUAAAUCUAUUUAGAUCUGUCGAUAGGUUUGUCAUCAAGGUAUCAUCCUUAUUGUUUGAUGUCAGUGUGAUUUUCCUUACACUGAAAAUGUAGUACUGACCAUUUUAUUAUUAUUUGUUUUUUCAGAACACUAUUUCAAAUAAUAUGUUCAGUUUUGUCCUAAGUUUCUUAGGGAAGAUCUCAUUUUCUGAUUGGCUCAUCAUCAGUAUAGGCUAUUCAUUGCUUCCUGAAUGCAAGAACUAUUAAAAGAGCAUCCUGUACCCACAGUUUCUUGCUUUGACUCAAAAGUACUCUUUUCUGAUCCAAGCCAUCUUAGGUAUUCCAGAAGUGAUUAUCUUCAGUACUGGUCUUUGAUCAUAGUAAAGAUUUAUUUGAAUUACAGUCUGAUUCAGACCUAAAUACAUUAUAUGAUUCAAUAUUUUAAACUAUUGUUUGCCUUCAUUAUGUAAGGGGGGGUGUCAACAAGAUAUGAUGGUGUUUGUGUACCUCCAGGAUUGUUUUAAGACAAAACCACAGCCAUGCUGGAUAACAGAAGUGUGGUUAGAUAGUGUAACUUUAGGAACACUUUUCAUGGCUUACCACAAAACCUCAAUAGAGAUAUGUUAGAAAGUAGACUGAAGCUUUCUCUUGUAUACUUCUGAGAGCUGAAGCCAAAGACAAUGUUUGUGACCUAUUAAUAAUUGUACUUUGUAUUUUCAUUUCAUACAGAAAUCAAACAAAAAUUGAAUGCAGUCUAUUCCUAAUUAAUAAAUAGCUAUGUGUAUUUAA